CUUUUAUUUUAAUAUUUCAGUUUUAUUUAUUUUUUAAUUUUAUGCAUGUUGGACUGAUAUUGAUGGUCAUAAUUUUAAUUCAUAGCCAACUCUCUUUAUUUUAAUCAUGAUUAAAUGAGCUUGUUUUUUCUCAUUAAGAAAAUCAACACUUAAUGCAUUUUGCAUAAUAAAGUAUCUAUAACUAUUCAAUCUGUUUUGAAAUUAAUAUUUUUUAAACUAUGUAACUUUUAAUUAAUAUGUUAAUUUAAAAAUAGAUCUCUGGGUCACAUCUUGGGUCUAGACAAUCUUGUUAUACUGUUUUGGUGGUACAGAUAAAGACGCCCGGUGGCUGAGUGGUAGUGGUUAUCGCUCCCGUGCCACACUUCCUAGGUUCGAUCCUCAGGUAUGGCAAGGUUAUAUUCAGUUUUUGAUAAUUCAAUACUGAUUUUCAUUCUAAAUUUUGAGAUUCAUUUCAUAUUUUUUUCCACUUAUAUAUUUCUUAAUGAUCAUUAGGCAUUUUUUUCUAUUGUUUUUCAGUGUUUAAAUAAUAUUAAUCUUUAUUUUAUAGUUUAACUACUAUUUCCUGCAUUGUUCUGCUUUAAUUUUCUUAAUUUUAUUUUAAGAUUAAAACCACUGAUAGGAUUUUCUGAGGAAAACCUAAAUAUAGAGAAAAGCUGGAAUUCAUUAUCUCGUGAUAAAGAUAGUGUGAAGCCUUUAAAUACACUUAAACAAAAAAGACAGGACUUGAAGAAACAUCUUGCAAAAUUGCCAUCAAAAGAAGAUUGUGAAAAUUAUUGGUAUUAUGUUCAAAAUGGCAUCAGAGAUGAAGAUCUUCCCGAACUACAGUUAUCCUUUAAAGCACUUUGCAAGAAAGCUAACAUCAAGCAGGAUUUAUUAUCUAUUUUUGAACAGAAAUCUAACGAGCUUAUUGAAGAAAUCCGACAAAGUUAUUAUGUUGCUGUGAAAAGAAGCAUUGUUGACUAUAUUUUGAUGGACAAAUCAGAAAGAAAAAGGUUAGGUAUCAAAAGUGUAUAUCCAAAGUGGUCUCAUGUAAAUACCCCUGCUUCUCUUCCUUGGGAAAGUUCUGUUCAUUCGACAAGAAAAUUUUUGAACUCGAGAGCUUUUUUGCUGCGUCCUUGCAUUAAGAAAAUCUCUUAUUUGUGGGCUGACAAAUAUCAGAACUUGGAUCUCAUACUGAUUGAAAAUUUUGCAAGUACUCCGAUUGCACCAUUUGCCAAUGAUUUCCGUUCGCUUAUUCAGGCUCAAUGUGAAGCUGCUAAAUCAACUUUGAUUAAUGGCUGGAUUACUGAAAGUGUACAAAUCUUGAUCAAGUACCGCAAACAAGAUUGGGAGCCUCUUGUUUCUCGUAAAUCUGGUGCUUCCACUGAAAAAAUUCAAAGAUAUUUUUCAUCUGUGGCUGUUAUAAUGUCAUCAAUGCUCAGACAACUCAUUACUAAAUGCAUAUGGAAUUAUAUGGAACUCAUUCACAAAUAUGCUAUUGGAAAUGACCUCACAAGGUGCAAAACUUUUCUCAAUUUUCCUAUUCUUUCCAUCCGUGUUGUCGUGAAAGAUUCUUUAAUAAUGAUGGAAAUGACUUUUGAUGAAUGGAAAAAAGAAUUCCUUUUUGUAAUACAUUCUCUUUUGCAGAUUUCUCAAAAUCUUCCGAGGCCGGAUAAAAUUCUUUUGAGAGUAUUUGAUGAUGAAAAGCUUAAUUUAUAUCCUAUACCAGAGAAUGAUCAAAUGGUUGAACUCUGUUUUCGUUCUGUUGAAAAUGAUUUGAAAUUUAAUGAAAUAGGUUUGAACCAGUACAUUAGGCAGUUUGACAAGUUUUCUUACAUUAUUGAUGGUACUCUUGAUGAUGAUACUGAAAACUUUUUGAAAAGUGAUGAAAUUGAUAUAAAAGAAUUUCCAAAAAAAAUUGAAGAAGUACAGGCUCACAAACAAGCUAUUCAUACUGAAAAAAGUAACAUACAUCUCAAUUUAUUUAAUUUGAACUGUGAUGAAAUGAAGAAACAGCUUUGUGAAAAAAUUGAUACUAUUUGUCAGAAGCUAAUUGAUUUUCAAAUUACAACUAAUACCAAUCACACAGAAUGGAUAUGUGAAGAAUGCAGCACAAUGCAAAGUCAACUAAUUGAACCAGUUAAUAAUACAGAAGAAAUAGUUGCAAUGGAUGUAAAUCUAAAAUUAGCAGAAACAAAACUUUUAGAACUUGUAAAAGAAAUUCAAAAAGCAAUUACUCGGAUUUUAUUUUUGAUGGAUAAUGCUCUCCUACCUGAUACUGAUUUAAUUAGACAUAGCACAAUGUUGAGAUGGCCAAAAGCUAUGAAAAAACUUUUUAAAGUGACACAUGUUGAAUUACGGAAGAAAAAAGAAGAAGCUGAAGCUCUUCUUGCUGAUAGAAUUAAAAUAUUAAACGAAAAUGUUGAUUUCUGCCAGCAUAAAAUAAAGAAUUUACCACUCAUUCAAGAAGUAUCCCUUGAUGAAUCAAGAACUGCUGUUGAAGGUCUGAAAUAUCUUCAUGAUUGCCUUGUUGAAUCCCGAGAUGAAUUAGAGGCAAUAAAUGAAGAAGAAAGACUUUUGCAUCAUGAUCUUACUAUGCAUCCUUCAAUACCUGAUAUGUUUCAAGAGAAGGAACCUUAUGAAAAAAUGUGGAAUACUGCUCUUGAUUUCUUUAAAAAUUAUGAAAUCUGGUAUUAUGGACCUUUUUCUGGAUUAAAUGCUGAAGCUAUUCAGAAUCAAGUGGAAGAAAUGUGGCGUGUGAUGUUUAAGUUAGACAAAACAUUUGCUGGCCAAUUAGAAACAAGAAUGGUCGCAAAAUCCCUGAAAGCAAAAAUAGAAAAGUUUCGUAAUUAUGUGCCACUUCUGUUAGCAAUUUGCAAUCCUGGCAUUAAGGAAAGGCAUUGGAAAUAUGCAAGUAAAUUUCUUGGAUUCAUUAUAAGCCCUGGUCCAAAGGCUACACUAGAAGAUAUGAUUAGAGUUGGACUUCAUAAACAUAUUGAAAAGGUAGAAGAAUUAUCUGUUACUGUGUCCAAAGAAUUUGCCUUAGAAAAGGCUAUGGCAAAAAUGAAGGAAGAAUGGCAAGAUAUUGAGUUUGAAUUCAAGCCAUAUAGAGAAACUGAUGUGCCCAUUUUGUCUGCUGUUGAUGAUAUUCAAGUAUUAUUGGAUGAUCAUAUUUUGAAAGUUCAGACAAUGAGAGGAUCACCUUUUAUCAAACCAUUUGAAAAUGAAAUCAAGAUGUGGGAAGAAAAGUUAUUGUUAGUUCAAGAUGUAUUGGAUUCAUGGUUAAAAUGUCAAGCUACUUGGAUGUACCUGGAACCAAUAUUUAGCUCUGAAGACAUCAUGCAGCAAAUGCCGGUAGAAGGGAAAAAAUUUUCAACUGUGGAUAAAAGCUGGAGGGAAACAGCUAAGAAAGCUGCUACUGACCCUCAUGUUUUAGUAGCUACUUCCCAUCCCAAUAUGUUGCAAUGUUUGCAAAGUUGCAAUGUUCUACUUGAUGAGAUCCAAAAAGGUUUAAAUGAUUAUUUGGAGAAAAAACGACUUUAUUUUCCAAGAUUUUUCUUUUUAUCUAAUGAUGAACUACUUGAGAUUUUGUCUGAGACUAAAGAUCCUCAGCGUGUUCAACCUCACCUGAAGAAAUGCUUUGAAGGCAUAUCUCGAUUAGAGUUCACGAAAGAUAAUGAGAUUACUGGAAUGAUCUCCGCUCAAAAAGAAGUUGUGCCCUUCACAAAAAAAAUUGUUCCUGCUGCAGCAAAGGGUAUGGUUGAGAAGUGGUUGGCUGAAGUUGAAAAAAAUAUGAUCCGUAGCAUGCGUGAUGUUAUAGGGAAAUCCAUGCUAUCGUAUCCUGAGCUACCUAGAACAGAAUAUGUUUUGAAGUGGCCUGGGCAGGUAGUUUUGUGUGUUAGUUGCAUAUUUUGGACAGCAGAAGUUUCUGAAGCUAUUGCAAAUAAUGCUGUUGAGCAAUACAGAUUGAAGUGUAACCAACAGAUUGAUGACAUAGUUGCCUUAGUUAGAGGGAAACUGGCACCAAAUGAGAGAUUGACUUUGGGAGCUUUAAUUGUAAUGGAUGUUCAUGCUCGUGAUGAAGUAGCUAAACUUGCAGAACAAAAAAUCUCAGAUAUAAAUGAUUUCAGCUGGAUCAGCCAGCUUCGUUAUUAUUGGGAGAAUAAUACUGUUAUCGUGAGGAUGAUCACCACUGAUUUAGAAUACGGAUAUGAGUACUUGGGAAAUACUCCUCGUCUGGUCAUUACUCCUCUGACAGAUCGUUGUUAUAGGACUUUAAUGGGAGCUUUAAAGCUGAACUUAGGAGGUGCUCCUGAAGGUCCUGCUGGCACUGGUAAAACAGAAACCUGUAAAGAUUUAGCUAAAGCAGUAGCAAAACAGUGUGUAGUUUUCAACUGUUCUGAUGGAUUAGAUUUUAAAGCUAUGGGGAAAUUUUUCAAAGGAUUAGCUCAGUCUGGUGCAUGGGCCUGUUUUGAUGAAUUUAAUCGGAUUGAACUGGAAGUUUUAUCUGUUGUGGCACAGCAGAUUCACAGUAUUCAACAUGCAAAGGCCCAAAAUUUGUCCACAUUCAUCUUUGAAGGCUCAGAGUUAUCCCUGAAUCCAUCUUGCAAUAUGUUCAUCACCAUGAAUCCUGGCUAUGCUGGUCGUCAAGAAUUACCUGACAACUUAAAAGUGCUCUUUAGAACUGUUGCAAUGAUGGUUCCCGAUUAUGCUCUUAUUGGAGAGAUAUCACUUUAUUCUAUGGGGUUUGUUGAUGCUAAAAGCUUAGCUGUUAAGAUUGUGGCAACAUACAAACUCUGUUCAGAACAACUCUCAUCUCAGCAUCAUUAUGAUUAUGGAAUGCGAGCCGUAAAAUCUGUAUUGACAGCUGCUGGAAAUUUAAAAUUGAAAUACCCAGAAGAAAUAGAAGCUGUUUUGGUUUUGAGAGCUAUAAAUGAUGUCAACUUAGCAAAGUUUUUAGCUCAAGAUGUUCCAUUGUUUGAAGGAAUAAUUUCUGAUUUGUUUCCAUCUAUAAGUCUUCCAAAAUCUGAUUAUACAGUACUCCUUAAUGCCUUAAAGAACAAUAUUGCUAAAAAAAAUCUGCAACCUGUACCUUGGUUCAUAAAUAAAAUUAUUCAAAUUUAUGAAAUGAUUUUGGUUCGCCAUGGUUUGAUGAUUGUCGGUGAGCCAAUGGGUGGAAAGAGCAGUGCCUACCAAGUCUUAGCUGCCAGCUUAGGAGAUAUUCAAAAGUUAGGACCUGAUUGUGGAAUAGCUGAAAACAAAGUUCAAUACAGAAUCAUCAAUCCCAAGGCAAUCACUAUGGGGCAGCUUUAUGGAUGUUUUGAUCCAGCAUCGCAUGAAUGGACGGAUGGUGUUUUAGCUAAUACAUUUCGCCAAUAUGCAAGUGAUCAAUCUGAAGACAGAAAAUGGAUUUUGUUUGAUGGUCCAGUCGAUGCCGUUUGGAUUGAAAACAUGAAUACAGUUCUUGAUGACAACAAGAAGCUAUGUCUAAUGAGUGGAGAGAUUAUACAAAUGAGUUCAACGAUGAAUCUUAUUUUUGAACCAGCUGACCUUGAGCAAGCAUCACCUGCCACAGUUUCUCGAUGUGGAAUGAUCUACAUGGAGCCUCAUCAGUUAGGUUGGAAACCUUCUAAAGAUUCUUAUUUAAACAAUCUGUCUAAGUUGGAACUGUCCGAGGAGUGCAUAUCUCUCAUCAAUGAUUUGUUUGAAUGGUUGGUGGAGCCCUGUCUGGAUUUCCUCAAACAGCAUUGUGUGACAUUUUUGAAAACUUCAAAAAUUCAUUUACUUUCCUCAUUGAUAAAACUCUUUGAUUGCUUCUUGAAAGAUUUGUUGGUAUCUCAAGCUGCUGACUCAGAUGAAACACAUAGAACAUAUGAAACUCUGCGUGGCAUACAAUCCUAUUUCAUAUUUUCAUUAGUAUGGACAAUUGGAAGCAUCAUGGUUACCGACAGUCGCAUUCUUUUUGAUGAAUUUUAUCGAACACUGUUGCUGGGGGAUAAUAAGGAAUAUAUGAAACCAAAAAGUUUCACGCUAACGAAGCAGCAGCUAUUUCCUGAAAAUGAUCUAGUUUAUGAUUAUGUUUUUGACCAAAAGAGCAACUCAUGGAAGAAUUGGUUGGCAACGAUAGAGAAAGAAGAACUUGAUAUACCAGCAGAUGCUAGGGUGAAUGAAUUAAUAAUCCCCACUAGUGAGACUGUGCGUCAGCAAUUUAUGCUGAACAUAUAUAUUACUAAUGAUAUACCAGUGUUAUUUGUUGGACCCACUGNUAAAGAACAAAUUGUGAAUGAAUUAAUAAUCCCCACUAGUGAGACUGUGCGUCAGCAAUUUAUGCUGAACAUAUAUAUUACUAAUGAUAUACCAGUGUUAUUUGUUGGACCCACUGGAACUGGAAAAUCAGCAAUAACAAACAAUUUCCUGAUCCAUCUUCCAAAAGAAAGGUAUCUUCCUAACUUUAUAAAUUUCUCUGCAAGAACCAGUGCUGGACAAACUCAAGAUAUCAUAAUGAGUAAAUUAGAUAGGAGAAGGAAGGGUGUAUUUGGACCAAGUAUGGGUAAAAAAUGCAUCAUUUUUGUGGAUGAUUUGAAUAUGCCAAUGAAGGAAAUUUAUGGUGCUCAACCUCCUGUUGAGCUUCUUCGUCAGUGGAUUGAUCAUCAUUAUUGGUUUGACAAGAAGGAUACAUCUGUUCUGGAAAUAGUGGAUGUGAACCUUGUAACAGCUAUGGGUCCACCAGGAGGAGGAAGAAAUGAGAUCACCUCACGUUUUGUUCGGCAUUUAAAUGUUAUGGGAAUUGAUGCUUUUGAUGAUGAAACUCUUUGUCACAUAUUCACCUCUGUGGUACAUUGGCAAUUCAUUAAAGGAUAUGACCCAUCAAUUCUGAAACUUGAAAAGGUUGUUGUGGACGCUACUAAAGAUAUAUACUCUGCAGCAAUUGAGAAUUUUCUUCCAACUCCCACAAAAAGUCACUACGUUUUCAACCUCAGAGAUUUUGCUCGAGUUAUCCAUGGCAUUUUGUUGAUGCCACGAACUCAUUUAAAAGAAACUUCUAAGUUGAUUAGAUUAUGGGUUCAUGAGGUUUAUAGAGUUUUUUAUGAUCGACUUGUGGAUGACAAAGACAGGCAGUAUUUUUUUGAAAUGUUGUCGAAAACAACUAAUUUACACUUUAAACAGCCUCUCAACAAAAUUCUUGCUCAUUUAUCUGAGGGAACUCUUGAAGAUUCUGAUAUUAGGAACCUCUUCUUUGGUAACUACAUGUAUCCAGAAGAAGACACAAAAAUAUAUGAUGAAGUACAAGAUUUAGAUCAGUUAUCACAAGUAAUGAAUGGUUAUCUUGAGGACUAUAAUCAAAUGAGCAAAACUCCAAUGCAUCUGGUAUUAUUUAAGUUUGCUAUCGAACAUGUCUCCCGAAUAUGCCGUAUCCUCCAACAAGAUAAUGGUCAUGUACUUCUUGUAGGAAUUGGUGGCAGUGGUCGACAAAGUGCUGCCAAACUUGCAGCGUACAUGGCCGGAUAUGAAAUUUUUCAAAUUGAAAUCACCAAAAACUACACUGUUAUUGAAUGGCGGGAGGACUUAAAGAAGGUCUUGAGAAAAGCGGGCGCUGAUGGAAAAGCAACUGUUUUCUUAUUUAAUGACAAUCAAAUCAAAGAUGAAUCAUUUGUGGAAGACAUCAAUAUGAUAUUGAAUACUGGAGAUGUUCCCAAUCUUUAUGCUGCUGAUGAGAGAGCUGAAAUUUUGGAAAAAAUGCAAACAGCUGCAAGAGAUCUAGGGAAGAAAAUAGAUCCUGCUCCUUUAUCAUUGUAUAAUUUUUUUAUUGAAAGAGUCAGACAAAAUCUUCAUCUAGUGUUAGCUAUGAGUCCGAUUGGAGGUGCCCUUAGAAACAGACUGAGGAUGUUUCCAUCUCUUAUUAAUUGUUGUACAAUUGAUUGGUUUCAGUCCUGGCCAGAUGAUGCCCUUGAAAUGGUUGCAAACAAAUUCCUUCAGGCCUCUGAUAUUGAACCUUCUAUUCGGCUGUCAUGUGUUUCCAUUUGCAAACAUUUCCAUCAGAGUGUCUAUCAAAUGUCUGAAAGGUAUUUUUCUGAACUUCAAAGAAAAAACUAUGUAACGCCUACUUCAUAUUUAGGUCUAAUUUUGACAUUUAAAAAUCUUUUGGCUAAAAAACAAGAAGAUUUAUUAACACAGAGAAAUCGUUAUGUUGUUGGUUUAGAAAAAUUGGACUUUGCAGCUUCUCAAAUUGCAGUUAUGCAAGAUCAAAUUACUGCCCUUCAACCUGAGUUGAUUAAGAAAGCUGAAGAAAUUGAAAAUCUUAUGGUAGUGAUUGAAUCUGAAACAGUAGAUGUUGAAUCCCAAAAAGAGUUAGUUGCAGCAGAAGAAGCGGUUGCAAACAGAAAAGCUGCCCAGGCUCAGGCAAUAAAAGAUGACUGUGAACGAGAUUUAGCUGAAGCUAUUCCAGCAAUGGAAGCUGCUGUUGCUGCUUUGGAUACAUUAAAACCAAAUGACAUUACUCUUGUAAAAGCUAUGAAGAAUCCUCCAAAAGGAGUAAAAUUGGUAAUGGAAGCAAUCUGCAUAAUGAGGGGAGUUAAACCAGAAAGGAAACCAGAUCCUAGUGGUUCAGGGAAAAUGAUAGAAGAUUACUGGGGUCCAUCUCAGAAAAUGUUGGGUGAUUUGAAAUUCUUAGAUGCCUUAAAAGCCUAUGACAAAGACAAUAUACCAGAACCUGUGAUUCAAAAAAUAAGACAAAAAUCACUUUUACUGUCUAAAAUGAAAAGGAAUAUUUCUGUUAUGCUAAAUAUAACACAAAUGACUUUAUAUGUAACUGACAAAUUACAAGAGCUUAAUGACACCUUCACCAGCAAAACGAAAGAGAAGAAGGAUUUGGAAGAGAAUUUGGAACUGUGUGAACAAAAAAAAGAGAGGGCUACUAAGAUGAUUGAGGGACUUGGUGGAGAAAAAGAUAGAUGGAAUGCAGCUGCUGAAAAUUUGCAACUUGCUUUCAACAAUAUUGUUGGCGAUGUUCUCUUAUCAUCUGGAGUUAUUGCUUACUUGGGGGCUUUCACAGUUGAUUUUAGACAAGAAUGCAUCUCUUCUUGGUUAGAAUUGUGUAAAGAUUACAGUGUACCAUGCUCUGGAUCUUUUUCUGCUGUUGAGACACUUGGUGAUCCUGUCCUGAUAAGAGCUUGGCAGAUUGCUGGUCUUCCUGUGGACAAUUUUUCAGUAGAAAACAGCAUCAUUGUUAAAUCUGGGCAAAGAUGGCCUCUACUCAUUGAUCCUCAAGGUCAAGCAAGCAAAUGGAUUAAAAAUAUGGAAAAAGAAAGCAACUUAAAAGUCAUCAAAUUAAGUGACACCAAUUACAUUCGAGUGUUAGAGUCUGCUUUACAAUUUGGGCACCCUGUUUUAUUAGAAAAUAUAGCAGAAACUAUUGAUCCUGUGCUAGAGCCUAUAUUGACAAAAGCUGUUUUUAAGGAAGGUGGAAUGGAGAUGAUUAAAGUAGGAGAUAACAUUGUUCCUUAUUCAAAAGAUUUCAGAUUUUAUGUCACCACCAGAUUGCAAAACCCUCACUAUUUACCAGAAAUAUCAGUAAAAGUAACUCUUAUCAAUUUCAUGAUCACACCUCUUGGUCUUCAGGAUCAACUUUUAGGAAUAGUAGCAGCAAAAGAAGAUCCACAGCUAGAGGAAAAUAAAAAUAAAUUAAUUCUAGAAAGUGCUGAUAAUAAACGUCAACUUAAAGAAAUUGAAGACAGAAUACUGGAAGUCCUUUCAUCAUCAGAGGGUAAUAUUCUAGAGGAUGAAACAGGCUGUCAAAUUUUAACAUCAUCUAAAAUUUUAUCAGAAGAGAUAUCUGCUAAAGAGAUUGUAUCAGAAAAGACCAAAGAAGAGAUUGAUUUUGUAAGGAACGGGUAUCAACCAGUAGCUAUACAUUCUUCAAUAUUGUUCUUCUGCAUUUCUAGCUUGAGUAAUAUUGAUCCCAUGUACCAAUAUUCACUAUCAUGGUUUAUUUCACUAUAUCAUCAGUCUAUAGAUAACAGUGCUAAAUCUACAGAUGUACCUAGACGUAUUACUAACCUUAAUGAACAUUUUACUGCAAGUAUUUACAGAAAUGUGUGCAGAUCUCUCUUUGAAAAGGAUAAAUUACUCUUUUCUUUUCUUCUCUGUGUUGGUAUCUUACGUGGCAGAAAUGCCAUUAAUGAAGAGAUUUGGAGGUUUUUAUUAACUGGAGGUGUUGCAUUCGAUAAUCCGCAUCCUAAUCCUGCUCCUGACUGGCUGACUGACCGUUCUUGGUCUGAGAUAGUUCGGGCAUCUGAUUUGCCUAAUUUAAAUGGCUUAAUGGAAAGUAAGGUUGGUAUGCAAAGAGACAUUUUGGAAUGGAAAAAAGUUUAUGAUUCCCUUAAACCUCAUGAAAUUCUAUAUCCAGAUCCUUUCAGUGAUUUGUCAGGUCUCUACAAAAUGGUUGUUUUGAGGUGUUUGAGGCCUGACAAAUUAAUUCCAGCUGUUCAGAAUUUUGUUCGAGAUAAUAUUGGGCAAGCCUAUAUUGAACCUCCUACUUUUGAUUUGGCUAGUUCAUAUGCUGAUUCCAAUUGUUGUACUCCGCUCAUAUUCAUUUUGUCACCUGGAGCUGAUCCUAUGGCUGCACUUUUAAAAUUUGGAUCAGACAUAGGUUUAAAAGCCAACAGAAUUCAAAGCAUUUCUUUGGGCCAAGGACAAGGCCCCAUCGCUAAAACUAUGAUUGACAAAGCACUUCAAGAUGGAUCUUGGGUAGUGUUACAGAAUUGCCAUUUAGCUUCAAGUUGGAUGACUACUUUGGAAAGUAUAUGUUAUGAGGCUGUAACUCCUGAUAAAACAGAUUUGAAUUUUCGUCUGUGGUUAACUAGUUAUCCAUCAAACUCAUUUCCAGUUUCAAUAUUACAAAAUGGCAUCAAAAUGACAAAUGAACCUCCAAAAGGAUUAAGGGCAAACUUAUUGCGCUCCUAUUUGAGUGAUCCCAUAUCUAAUCCAUCUUUUUAUGAUGGUUGUAACAAGCCCAAAAUAUGGAGAAAAUUUCUGUUUGGUUUAUGUUUCUUCCAUGCAUUAGUUCAGGAACGUAGGAAAUUUGGACCAUUAGGUUGGAAUAUACCAUAUGAAUUCAAUGAAUCAGAUUUGAGAAUCAGCCUGACACAAUUACAAAUGUUUAUUAAUGAUUAUGAAGAAGUACCAUUAGAAGCUCUGACUUAUCUAACUGGAGAGUGUAAUUAUGGUGGCAGAGUAACAGAUGAUAAAGAUCGCAGACUUUUACUUUCCUUGCUGUCUCUUGCUUACACUCCUAAAAUUAUAGACAAUGACAAUUAUAAGUUCUCUGAAAGUGGGCUUUAUCAUACUCCCAGUGAUCUUGAACAAGAAGGUUUCAUACAAUACAUUCGGAGUUUGCCGAUUAUUCCUCACCCUGAAGUAUUUGGACUUCAUGAAAAUGCUGAUAUUUCCAAAGACAACCAAGAAACUCAACAGCUUUUAGAUGGAAUUCUAUUAACUCAAGGAAAGUCUAGCGGGACUGGUGCCCAGUCUUCAGGUGAUAUGAUUUACGAUCUUGCAGAUGAUAUAUUGGCAAAGCUUCCAGCAGACUUCGACAUGGAUACAAUAAUUGAAAAAUACCCAGUGGUAUAUACUGAAUCCAUGAAUACUGUGUUGCGCCAAGAAUUGAUACGGUAUAACCGACUGACAUCUGUGGUCCGAGAAUCCUUAAAAAACUUGCAAAAGGCUGUGAAGGGAUUAGUUGUGAUGUCUGCUGAAUUAGAGGAAGUGUUCGAUUGUAUGCUCAUUGGAAAAGUUCCCGCUAUGUGGUCCGCAAAGUCUUAUCCUUCUUUGAAGCCGCUUGGAAGCUACAUUGCAGAUUUAUUAUCAAGAUAUUUUAAAGUGCUAUUUAAAACUGCUGCAUAUCACAUGAAAGCAUUAAAUAUAUCAUUUCUUUUAGAUGGUAUUUUAUUAACUCAAGGAAAAUCGAGCGGGACUGGUGCCCAGUCUUCAGGUGAUAUGAUUUACGAUCUUGCAGAUGAUAUAUUGGCAAAGCUUCCAGCAGACUUUGACAUGGAUAAGAUAAUUGAAAAAUACCCUGUGAUAUAUACUGAAUCCAUGAAUACUGUGUUGCGCCAAGAAUUGAUACGGUAUAACCGAUUGACAUCUGUCGUCCGAGAAUCCUUAAAAAACUUGCAAAAGGCUGUGAAGGGAUUAGUUGUGAUGUCUGCUGAAUUAGAGGAAGUGUUCGAUUGUAUGCUCAUUGGAAAAGUUCCCGCUAUGUGGUCCGCAAAGUCUUAUCCUUCUUUAAAGCCGCUUGGAAGCUACAUUGCAGAUUUAUUAUCAAGACUCCAUUUUUUUAACACCUGGAUAGAAGAAGGAACGCCUAACGUUUUUUGGAUAUCUGGCUUCUUCUUCACCCAGUCUUUUCUCACAGGCAUAUCUCAAAACUAUGCAAGAAAAUAUCACAUUCCAAUUGAUUUCUUGAGCUAUCAGUUUGAAAUGCAGAACUUUGAAUCCGAUUCUGAAGUAAAACCUGAAGAUGGAGCCUAUGUUAAAGGUUUAUUUGUGGAAGGAGCUCGCUGGGACCGAGAAAGGAUGCUACUCAAUGAAUCAUACCCGAAAGUCUUAUACGACACCCUGCCUGUGAUAUGGAUCAUACCAGUUAAAAAAUCAGACAUCAAGCCAACUCCAACUUAUAGCUGCCCUGUCUACAAGACAAGUGCCAGAAGAGGCAUUCUUAGCACCACCGGACAUUCCACUAACUUUGUCAUGAUGAUUGAUCUGCCAUCUGACAAAGAAGAAACCCAUUGGAUUAAUCGAGGAGUAGCUGCACUGUGCCAACUCAGUGACUGAAACCACAUUUAUAUCAAUCACUUUUGAUAACGAAACUGUUUUGUACAAUAAGACAUUUUAUAAAUAAAGCACUUGACCUAC